GGCCGCAGCACAGUCCUGACGCGUUUCAACCACCGUGAGAUCACUGCUGCCCGAACACCUCUCAUAAUGUCGGCCCUUUCCCGCCUCCAGACUGCCCCCGGUCGCAGCCCGUCCACUUGCUGCCGCUGAGCUUAUUUGCAGAAACAUUCCGCUCGCUCGCUCUGCCCGUCACCUGCAACCACGACACCGUCAGGCACCACCAUGCCUGAGUCCCCCCAUCGCUCUACCGACACGGCCAGGACCCUCACUGAGCCGAACGCUCCCUUGCCCGGUCCCGGCCUGCAGCGUUCUCUGUCGCAGAAACAGCUCCGCCGUGCCACCCGCACCCGCAAGAUCUUCGCCCUAGGCACCUCCUUCUUCUUCCUGCUAUCUGUCAUUUUCCUUAUCCUCGUCGAGGUCGGCAACACCUUCAACAAAGACGUCGCACGCGACACCUACUUCAUCAAGCUCGACCUGAGCAACAUUGUGCCCACGUCCUACCCGGAUGCCGUCCUCCUCAACUCGAUAGCCCAGACCCUGGGCCUGCACGACUUCUACCAGGUCGGCCUCUGGAAUUUCUGCGAAGGCUACAACGGCGCCGGCAUCACCCACUGCUCCAAGCCCAAGGCCUUGUACUGGUUCAAUCCCGUCGAGAUUCUGCUCAACGAACUGCUUGCAGGUGCAACCAUCGCCAUUCCCGAAGAUGCUCUCAAGUAUCUGGACAUUGUCGAGACCGUCUCGCACUGGAUGUUCGGCCUGUUCUUGACCGGCGCUUGCAUGGCGUGUGUCAUGAUCUUCAUCACUCCCCUUUCAGUCUACACGAGGUGGGCGACGCUGCCCAUUGCCAUUUUUUCCUUUGUUACCGCCCUCUUCAUCACCGUGGCCACGGUUCUCGCGUCGGCCAUGUUUAUUAUUUUCAAGAACGCCCUGGGCUCCAUUUCGGAGCUGAACCUUGGAGCGGAAAUCGGCAAGCGGAUGUUCGCUUUCAUGUGGAUCGCCAGCGUCGCAGCAAUCCUGGCGACACUGGUGCAGACAGGCCUGUGCUGCUGCUGCGCCAGCCGCCGGGACGUCCGGAGAGGCAAGAAGACGGGCAGCAAGAAGGCGUAUACCAUGACGGACAUGGAGAAGGGCACGCCGUGAGGAGCGAGCAUUACGAGGCAACGAUUUUCCAUAUUGUACAACAACAGCACCAAAAGGGUCCGCGGUUCCUGGUUUCUACUCCUAGUUCCUUGUUCGGCGAAAAACAAGUUUCCAGUUUGCGAAUGGCGUGGGUCGGUCAGCGUUAGCGUUCUUAGCGGGCGGGUUUUGGGAUCUACUAGAGACUCUUCGAGUCAUCGUUUUCCUUGCGUAGAUAGCGCCCCCAGUAAGAGAUAAUACACAUGAGUUCCAACUUUGCGAGGGC